AUGGCGACGCAGCGGCUCGUGGCGGCGGCGGCGCUGGUGGCCUGCCUCCUAGUGCUGCCGGUGCACGGGCGCAACAUCACGGCCAUCCUCCAGGGGUACAAGGAGUACAAGCUGUACAACCAGUACCUGUCGGAGACGAAGGUGUGCGACGAGAUCAACUCGCGGCAGUCGACGUCGAUGACCAUCCUGGUGCUCUCCAACGACGCCAUGACGACGCUGGCCAAGGACGCUGGGGACUCGCUCCCCGCCAUCAAGAACGCGCUGCGCCUCCACUCGGUGCUCGACUACUACGACCGCAAGAAGGUGAAGAAGUACGGCGACGAGAGCGCCGCCACGCUGUACCAGGCCACGGGCGACGCCGCGGAGACCACGGGCAACGUCAAGGUGGUGGACCAGGAGGACAAGAACUACGGCUUCUCCGCCGCCACGGCGGGCGCCAGGAUCUGCACCGUCACCAAGGAGGUGGAGACGCACCCGUUCAAGUUCGCCAUCCUCGAGGUCACGGCGCCCAUCGAGUUCGACGGCCUCUUCGACGUCCCUUCCACCGCCAACCUCACCCGCCUCCUGGAGCGCGCCGGCUGCAAGGUCUUCGCGUCGCUGGCCGCCUCCACGGGCGUGCUCAAGUCGUACGAGGACGCCAUGGACAAGGGCCUCACCCUGUUCGCCGUCAACGACGACGCGUUCAGCGCCAAGGACGUGCCCGACGUCAAGACCAUGUCCAAAGCCAACCUCACCAAGCUCCUCCAGCUCCACGCCCUGCCUUCCUACAACACCAAGACGUCGCUCAAGUCCGUCAAGGGCCCGCUCCGCACGCUGGCCCCCAAGGACGACGUCACGGUGGUCGCCAAGGGCGACGACGUCUCGCUCGACACCGGCAAGACCAGGUCCCGCGUCGCGUCCACCGUCGUCGACAGCGUCCCGUUCUGCCUGCUCACCAUGGACAGCCUCCUGGUGCCGCCGGAGCUCUACGUCGGCGCCCCGGAGGCAGCACCGGCGCCGGCGCCCGCGGAGGCGCCACAGGGGUCCCCGGCCGCGGCGGAUGCACCGUCGGUGGCCGCGGACCACGCGGACCACAAGUCCAAGAAGCCGUCGGCGUCUUCAGCCGUCGCGUCGCGCCCGAUCGCCGCACUCGCCGCGGCGGCCGUGUGUUCCGUCGUGCUCUCGUCCCUCUUGUGA